AUGACUUCUUUUUCUUGCGUGGUUCACGAUACGACGUGGUCUACCGAAAAAAUUCCAAAAAACCCGAAGGAAGCUGAGAAUUUUUCCAGAAGAAAAGUCUUGCGCUGUUCAUUAUACAUUUUUUUUUCAGGAUGGAAAGAAGAUCACCGACGAAGAAGUCGAACCGCUCGAAGGUACCUACCUCAACGACAAACAACAGCUCUCUUUCGAUGUUGCAAAAGUGAUUUCCAACUGAUUGCGGAAACUUCUCAAAUUACUUCGUUGUAGGCUCAUCUGUCCGGCAGGUUCACGUGCUUGGCCGAAAACAAAGCCGGCCGCAGCGAAAAAGACCUGCUCGUUGAAAUUAUGGGUUUGGAUGCCUCCUUCAAAAAAAAAAUGGGCUAGCUUUGAUGAGAGAUUAUUAGAAGUAUUAGAAGGGUCAAAUCUGGUCUCUGCACGUUUUCUGUUUUGAAUACCUGAAUAUUCGAUUUUAAAGUUUCUCGUGACUUGUGCUCGCAAACCUAAAAAAUUCAUAAAACUCAUCCGUGAAACUUUUCAACUCAAAAACAUAACAACACUUUUUCCGGAAAUCUCGGUAUUUCGAAGGGAUUAUAAUUCAGAACCUCCACGGUUCUCUGAAAGGCUGACGUCGAAAGAAGUGCUUCUCGGCGACAAACUAACGCUGGAAUGUCCCAUUGAUGUUAUUUUCGUCACUCUGAUACAACAACUCAAGUGGUUUUUCAGGGCACGAACAUGGAGUUCACUUGGACGAAAAACGAUGUCCCUGUGACGACCUCCGAACGACUUCAAGUAAUUUUAACGCACGGCCUUUUUGCACUUCAAAAAAUGAGUUGUAUAGGUUAACGUGCAAAGAAAUAAGCUAUACCUGAUGUCUGCCGAGCCGUUGGACAGCGCCAGAUACGGUUGCGUCGCCAAGAACGAUGCUGGAGAAGAUACGGCCUACUUUGACACGACAGUAAAUGGUAAAUAAGAACGGAAACAGAUACAUCAAAAGAAAAGCUUUUCGAGUUUUCAAAUUCUUCGAGUUCAAAAAAGAUUGAAGAAAUUGAAUUGAAAAUUGUUGACAGUUCAUAAACGUUGAUUUUCAACAUGCCUUUUUUCAUCCCUUUGUUUUUCAGUUUUUAAUCAAGUUAAAAACCUUCGAUACCGAGGUGAGAAUAGUAUAAUUUCUUCAAUCGCCAUAACAUUCAAGAACUCAAAAUACUUUUGAUCGGAUUCAGGGAAGUUGUCACAGCUCAGCGAAUUUUUCAGAAAGUUUCACUCUCCUGUCGGAUGUUUACUUUUUUGAAGAUAACAACUUAUUUUUAAAAACUAUAAUUUUUUUAACUGAAUCUUGUUGAACUUUUUGUAAAAAAAGAUUUUUCUCGAAAAAAAGUUUAUGAACGUUUUUUUAGCAAAUCCACAUUAUAAUAUUCAGUACCUCCAACAAUCGCCGGGAAGCCUUAUACAGCCGAAAUUUCAAUCGUGAACCAAACGGUGGAAGUUCGCUGCGACGCGCAGGGAACUCCUGCUCCUAACAUUUCUUGGCUUUUGGACGGAAAGCCCGUUUUCCCUGGUGCAGAUAUUGAGGUCUAACCAAACUCGGAAAAUUCUAAUUAUUUUGUUUUUAAGAUCACCGAAAAUGGCCGGCUCCUCAUUUUGAAAGAGAUCCAAGUAGAUAAUGAAGGCCGUUACACUUGUCAGGCGGAAAACAAAGCUGGAAGAGCUGAAGCUGACACCUACGUUGAAGUCACAGGUUGAGAACUCACUCAUUUUUCGAUUCAAAGAGAAUUUCAGUGCCACCACUGGCAAUAAUGGCUUCGGAUGAUGUGAAGGUAGUCAAUGGUCGUCCUGUCACUAUCCAAUGCGAGGUGUAUCUCUCCAAAAAGUUUUUCCACUAGUUGAAUGUUUUCAGAUCUAUGGUACUCCUGAGCCAAAGGUUGAAUGGCUGAAAGACGGACAUCCCUACAAGUCAGACAUGAUUUUCGCUUCGAAAAAUGUCCGAACUCUCCAUUUGCGGGAAUCUUCACUCGAAGACAGUGGAAGGUACCUCAAGAAAUUUUCAAAAAACCCGAAAGUCUUCUUCUUCGAUAUCCUCUUAUUCUAACCCAGCAACGUAAUCCCUAAAACGUCCUUUUAGGGCCAAAAAGGGCAAAUCCCAUUUCUCAUAACUGUCGUUUGCAGAUACACUUGUAUAGCAACGAAUCGGGCCGGCGAACAACGGAGCAGCACGACACUCCAUGUAUUGGGUAAUAAAAACAGGGCAAAAAAGCUUGAAUUGGUCUAUAAGUCCUCUGAGCGCCUGAAACCACGCGAUUGCUCAAUCUUCUCCAAGAUACAUUUUGAAAGAAAAAAAAUGAAAAUAUUUUAGUCCCUCCGGUGAUCAAUGACGGAGAACGUCUGAUGCAAGUGAAAGAAGGAGGAAAUAUCACACUGAACUGCAUGGCCACAGGAACUCCUGUACCAACUUACGUCUGGAAAAAAGAUGGCACUGUCUUGCCUGGUAAGAGAAAAGAAAACAUGAAAAUGAAAGCAGGAGCAAGGUUCAGAUUAUACUUUUUAUUUUCGAUCAUAAAUACGCGUUAUUCAGCCUCUUGUAUUGUUUAUUAUUAAUAAAAAAAGAAACAGCGAAAAAAAAAUAGUUCAUUCGAAUAUUUCCCAGAGCAAGAUGCCGUUUUCGGGAUCAAGUUUAAACUAAAAAAAAAUUCACUCAGAACAAAAAUUCUGUAACAAGAACUUCUUCAAUUUUCAACUGUUCCGUAAAAAAUCGAAUGAAAUUUUUUUUUGUAAAAUAUAUUUCUUGAAAGAAAAAAAACAGAAACUAUUCAUCAUGAAAUGUUCUUUAUACUGACAAAAAGAUACCAUAACAAAAAUCGAAGAAAAAAUAAAAAAGACGCUACACCGUUUCUGUUUUUUGGUUUUUGCUUCUGUCGCAUUUUGGUUGGUAUUUCUUGAAAUUGCAAUUUUUUUUAACGAUACUAUAGUCUGUGUGCCACGACUUGAAAUUUCACCGAACGACAUUCCGCUGUUCCGCUGCGUGCGUUCGCGAAGCGUCUUUCGAAUCUAGGUCACGCUUUCAAUUGAUAAGUAUUGCUGUGGGAGCAUAUUAAAGUAGAGUACCUUAACAAAAGAAAAAAAAAAUUGAAAGCGCGACCAAGGUUUGCAAAGGCUCUCAGCGGCACAGCGGAAUGUCGUUUAGUGGAAUUCCAAGUCGUGGUACACAGGCUAAACUCGUUAUUCCUCUUUUUUUUCGAACUUGUUUUGAGUCGAUAUCCGAUUAAAUUUUUAAAGUUUUAAUUCUUCAAACGUUUCUCUCCCGCUUUACAGAUGAAGUGAACCCAACGAUCGAGAUUUCCAGUGCGUUGGUGGAACAAGCUGGAAGGUGCUUUUUCCAACGAUCCAUCGGCACGUUAUCAGUAAUGAGCACUUCAGAUAUACUUGCACGGCACGCAACGAAGCCGGACACGCAAACACGGACUUCUCAGUGGAUGUCCUCACGAGACCCACCUUCGCCAACUUGACUCACGAGAUCAAGGCAAAAAAGCUAUCGUGGUAACUUCAGGGAAACUCAGCUCACUCAUUUAAGGUCCAUUCCGAAGAACCAGUCAAGAUUGAAUGCAAAGUGGAAGGCAAUCCGAGGCCCGCAAUCAAGUUGGCCAAAUUGACUUGAUUGAAAAAGCUAAACGAGGUUUGCAGGUGGCUUAAAGGCGGCCGCGAAAUCGAGGACAUGAGCAAUUACAUUCUUUCACCGAGAGGAGAUACGCUCAUGAUUCUGAAGGUCAAAAUCAAGUCAAUUGAAUGAUCUUAAAAAACUCAAACACGAAGUUACUCAUUUUUUUUUAUAAUUUUCAACUCGUUGUUUGACAAAAUUCAAAAUGUCAGACAAAGAAAGUUUCCGGUUAUACAGCUGAGCUUGAAGAUUAUAAGAAUAAAAUAAAGCCGAGUGAAAUCCUAAAAGUUAUAUAGAGCGCUGAGAGCCUUUCUGGUUGGUAGAUAAACUCUUUUCACAAAGAAAAUCGCCUAAUUCUACUGUAAAAAUCAUCUCAGUAGAGUUCAAUCCUUUUCAGUUUUCAGCGAUCGUAGCUUUUUUUACAUGAUUAGCUCGAAAAAUUUUUAAUUUGAUGAUCCCUAUCAAAGUUAAAAACUCAGGAAAGUUCUUUAGCUGUUUUUGUUUGCAGUUCAAUCAGCAUCAUCAAUCCAUAUUUGUCGGUUGUUUCCAUUUGCAAAUAUUGUGUUAUCUUUCUGAAACUGAUGAGAAAAAUCCGCAAAGUAAGAAACUGCUGUUUGCAUUAACUUUCCCAUUCACAUGAACUGAAAAAAGGCUCUCACGGUUUCCAUUUCAUUUUAGGCAAAGAGGAACUUAGCUGGAGCAUAUUCUUGCGUAGCGAAAAACACAGCCGGAGAAGCCGAAGCUGAUUUCCUCAUCAAAUUGCUGAUCGCGCCUCAUAUUGAUGAGCCAAUCGACCAGAAUCCGCGAGUUAUUGUUGGCAACACUUACGAACUUUCUUGUCCCGUACUCGGUUUACCCGAACCUACAGUAAGCUAUAAUUCGAAUUACAAAUUUUAAAACGUUAAUACUCAGGUCACAUGGCUUUAUGACGGAAUACCGAUUUUGGCCGAUGAUGAACGACGAACUGUGGGAAAAGAUGUCCUCACUAUUCAUAAUAUCACGGUGACAAUUUUUAGUUGUUUUUGAGUAAUUUUUUUAUUCAAGAAAAAUGACGAAGGCAGAUAUGGUUGCAAAGCAAAAAACGAGGCUGGCGAGCUUCUCACAGACUACCGCUUGGAUGUCACCGGUUAGCGAGAAUUGAAUUUUCAUCCAAAGGCCCUUUUGAGAACGGCCACGUUUCACGAGUGACGAGGAGACAGUAUAUGAAGUCAUUGCGGGAGAGUCCGUAGAUUUGAGUUGUGGUAUUAUAAAAACCGAUGAUCAGCCGGAAGUUGUGUGGUUCAAGUGAGGCCGUUUCAAGGAAAAAAGUUGAAACUUUGUAUAUUUCAGAGGAGAGCGGCCUCUUUAUUUGGAUGACAGAUACAGCAUAUCCAAAGACGGGCAUGUAAGAAAAUUACUCUGACCAAAAUUCAAAAUCAAUUCAGACUUUGUCUGUUAAACAGUCUAAGAUUCAAGACGCCGGGAAAUUCAGCUGUAUAGCCAAAAACGCUGCUGGAACCUCACAAAAAGACGUCCAACUGAAGGUAAAAGUUUUUUCACAAAAAUUAUCAAAAUGUUUAAUUUCAGGUGUUCGUACCACCAGCGAUUGACAAGUCGAACAUAAUUGGGAAUCCUUUGGCGAUUGCUGAGAGGAACAUCUACUUGGAAUGUCCUGUUACUGGUAUUUAGAAGUUAGAACAUUGAGAAAAGUUGGAUUCAACAGGAAUUCCUCAACCACUCGUUAUUUGGAAAAAGAAUGGAAAGCUCAUUGACCUUUCCGACAGCAGAAUAAUGAUAGCUCAUGUGAAUUUUUUGUUCAGAGGCCAAUAAAGUAGUGUCAUUCAGAACAAUGAAACGUUCGGAAUCGAAGGUGUGAAGUCUUCGGAUCAAGGAAGGUACACUUGCACGGCGACGAACAAGGGAGGAGUUGCUGAACAUGAAUUUUUGUUGGAAGUGUUAUGUAAGUGAGCUUCUAGGUUAGUCGAAGUUAUACGUUUUCAGCUCCACCACAAAUGGAGCACAAUACAACGACUUCCGAAUUUUCACGAGAAGGCAACACGCUUUAUUUGUCCUGUCCCAUCAAAAGAGAAAAUGUCGACGAAAUCGAUGCAGUCUCUGAAAUCACUUGGAUGAAAGACGGUCGUCCUCUUGACAUUGAAGGAUCAGCGUCGAGAAUCAAGGUACUCGAACUCGAGCAUUAAUUGGAAAAUUAGAAUAGAAAAAAAGAAAUAAAUAAUUAGAAGACUUUUAACAUCUGGAACUUUCAUCGCGCAUACCAAUUGUCAGAAAAACAAAACCGAGAUUUUUCGACCUCGUAAUGUAGACAAUUUUCAAGUUUGUUUCUGAAAAAAAAAAGUUGAAAAAGAGAAAAGACUAUGCUUUUUGCAUAUAAAAUUUGCGAAACUUCAUGAGGUUAGUUGUGUGUCAGAGAAAUAUCAAAUUCUCUUCACUCAGUUUCAAUCAUUCUCUAUUUCACACUAUGGAGAUCGUUUUUAGAACGGAGUUAAACAUGAAAAAACUUCGAACUGGAUAGGUGAAUAAUUUUAGUAUACCAGGCAUGUGAUUUUCAUAUCAAAUGCUUGCUUUCCGAAGAAUUUUGUUCAGGUCGACGGCCGUAAGGUGCAGAUUGACAACACGAUGCUAGCCGACAAAGGAGUCUACACCUGCAUCGCGAUCAACCGUGCCGGAGAAACUUCUGUUGACUUCAACGUCGAAAUUUUGUGUACGAGCCUUGCGACUGAAGCAUGCCGUGAAUUGGAGUAUACUCAUUUGGCGCGUGCGCGGGCGCGGCAUAACCGGCGGGAGUUCCUUGCCAAGCAUGGUCAUAUUCAACAUACCACUACAGUAGCCCUGACCACCACUUCUAGAAUCACCACGACAGUUCCAACCACCACAACGAUGAUUCCAGUACCUAUCCCACGCGCAAACACUGCAGACGCCUAUAAGCAGUAUCUUAGGGAAUACGAAGAGUAUAGAAAGAACUAUGAAAAGGAAAUCAAGAAAAGAAGAGAGGAGCAGCUAAGGCAAAAUGAUCUGUAUAGAAAGCGGUUGGAAGAGGAGAAAAGAUUGAGGGAUGAAGUAAAAGAAAUAAAAAUGACCUUUGACACUUGGCAUCCUAGAAGUCCUCGCGGCGACCCAGGUUCCUUGAAUGUCCGCGCAACUGUUAGACAUCCUCAAAGAUACCGUAGGAGAAAGUCGCUUCAUGCAUUUCGUUGUUUCUUCUAUGACCCCGUAACUGAUAGUUAUUUCCAUCCGAAAAUGGUUAAUCGGGGCUUUAGAAAUUAUCCUCUUUACUGGUCCAAAAAUCGCUGAUUUCAGUGAAACUCACGACUCUGGCUUGUGCUGUGAUUGUUCUUUGUCAAGUCUUUCAUCUUUGUAUUGUUAUUUAAUAAUUUGUCGUGUAUCUAUUGACUAAUACCUUGUGUGGAUAAAUUGUUGUUUGAGUUUGAAUGGCGUGAGAAUUUCAUUUUUUUUUUUUGGAAAAUGGCAGAGUUUGGUUGUAGCGUCGCCAGUCAUCGACGUUACCAGGAACGAGCCGACGCCACACGUUAUUUUGGACAGAUCCAUUAUAAUGUAUUGUAUUGUCACCGGUCACCCGUUCCCUGUCGUGAGAUGGUUCCGCGACUACCCCGAGGGCGAAGUCGUCGGUAGGCUUUUCUCUUUUUUUUUAUGUCUCGAUCUUCCCCAGGCUCCGACAAUGUUCGACUGAUUGAUGGCGGACAAGCCAUUGAGAUUCUCAAUGCUGAACUGGAACACCGUGGGAAGUGGACUUGUUACGCUGAAAAUGAUGCCGGCAAAGAUGAAAUGACUGUCAAUUUGGACGUUUGGAGUGAGGAAGCGUUUUCGAAGUUUGAAAAAAAACUUUCGGAGUGUUUAGCUCCACCUGUUGUGAACGUGACUUCUGCUGCUGCAAUCAAAGCACUCGGAGAAACGAUAACGAUCAACUGCGAAGCUCAAGGAAAUCCAAAACCGACGAUGAAGUGGCUCAAAGGAGGGCAGCCCAUUCUAAACAAUCCAGAUGGUGUCCGCAUUUCUCUCAAGGUAUCGACCUCUUUAUAUCUCCUCCAAUUUGAAUCAAAGGGAGCUCGGCUGGAUAUUCCUCAUCUCAAAAAAACUGACGUUGGAGUCUACACUUGUCAAGCUACGAAUGAUGCAGGAACUAAUGAAAACAGUAUCUCUGUCGACGUGCUAGGUAAAUUGGGUUUUUUGUAAAAACAUAUGAGCAAGUUAAAUAUGAAAUCCAGAAUAAUCGGUCAACAAAAAAAAAAGUUCUUUCAACUCUAUAGCAAUAACGUGUUGAUACACAGUUCCUCCGGAAAUCGAACGCAACAGCAUCGACAUGUCGCCAAAGCUUCCAACUGGUCAAGUCCUCACCCUCAUAUGUAAUGCCACCGGAAAACCUCCUCCAACCUUGCAAUGGUUCAUCAACAACACGCUCAUUACUCCCGAAACGGAAGACAUCAUUCUAUCGGAAGACUCGCAGACGAUUCAGGUGAAACAAAAAAAACUUUUUUUUCAAAGUUCAGUUCAGAUCAAAAACCUCACUCUGCAAGACAAAGGAAUCUACACUUGCCAUGCAUCGAACAGUGCUGGAAACGACACUCUUGAAUACAAUCUACAAGUCGUUCGUGAGUUUUGAAGAAAUGCCGAAAAAUGCUUAUGCAUAUUAUUCAGAAGCACCUAUCAUUUCAAACGGGGGAGCACAACAAGUUAUCGAAGGAGAACUGGCAGUGAUUGAAUGCCUCGUGGAAGGGUUCCCUGAACCUCAAGUUUCUUGGCUCAGAAAUGGAGUUCGCGUUGAGACUGGAGUUCAAGGAGUGCGGUACAUUGCGGAGGGAAAAGUGAAGAAAAUUUUGACUGCGGCGAGAGUUUUUUAUUUGAUACAGAAACUGACCGUUAUCGAAGCAAGAAGCUCCGACUCUGGAAUUUACGUUUGUGCUGCAACCAACGAGGCUGGAACGGCUCAACAAGCCUAUACUCUUGAAGUGCUAGGUUUUUGAAAGUAUUACUGUUACAAUUAGUCAGAAUUUUCUUUAUAGUAUCUCCGAAAAUCGUUUCUGCUCCGGCUACUGAAAACUCCUACGCCGCUGAUUCUCCAUUCGUUCUUCCUUGUGCUGUACGAGGAUACCCAGAACCGAAGAUUCAAUGGACAUUGAACUCGAAACAAAUUGUCGAUGGUCAAGAUGGAUACAAAAUUGGUUCGAUUCAAUCACCUUUUUUCAAUUAAACAUGUUUUGCAGACGAGGAAGGAUCUCUUCAUGUUUCUUCCGCCAACGGAAGAAAUCUGGUCUAUGAAUGUGUCGCCAAAAACGAUGCUGGGAGAGACCAACUAGAAUAUGUCAUUCACACUAUCAGUAAUUAUUAGAUCCCUGUAAAAGUAAUUUUCUUUUCUUAGAUGCUCCAAAGGUCGGAAAAUCUGGAGAUCGGUACGUCAAUGGGUCGGAAGGCGAAGAAUCGACGAUCAACUGCGAAGUUGAAGGCGACGAUUCUCAAAUAAGCUGGACGAAAAAUGGAUCUCCAAUUCUCCCAACAAACAACAUCAAGUUCUCAGAAGAUGAGAAGACCUUGACUAUUCUUUCCACAAAGUGAAAUUUGUAAAUUGCUUCCGAAAAAAAUCUUUUUUCAGGCUAAGCGAUCAAGGAAAAUAUGCAUGCACGGUGGCCAAUCAAGCCGGUAAUGCAAGUCAAGCUACCAGUCUGAAUGUUGGAGGUUUGAAUUUUCUAUUCGUGAUAGAUCUUCCAAUCAAAUCUUUCACAGUUGCCCCCACAAUUUUGGAGAGAGCCAAAACCGAAGUUGUCAACCGAGGAGACCUCGUUACUCUGUGGUUUGCAAAAUGUCAAAAUAUCAAGCCUGAAAAAAACUUUUCAGGUGCGAAGCGGCAGGUGUUCCUCAGCCUUCAAUCGAUUGGUACAAAGAUGGAGAACUCAUUACUCAAAGUUAGGAAAAUUCAAUUUCUUAGAUAAGAUUCGUUUUUCAGCUGGCGUGGAUGACAGCUCGGAUACCCGGAAAAAGUCGGCGGUUUUUAGCAGUGUCACGCCAGGAGACGCUGGAGUUUACACUUGCAAAGCUGAAAACUGGGCUGGAGUUGUGGAGCAAGACGUUGACCUUGUGGUUAUGAGUACGUUGAUUAUUUUCGAUGUCGAAAAAAACUCAAUAUCAAAAAUCGGGCAAAGAUUGAUAGCUUAAUACUCAAUGUCGCACCACAGAGUUAACAUCCAUGAUUGCAGUCGCCCCGGAGAUAUUGCCUGAGAAGAUGAAUGUUUCGACGAAUCCAAGACAAACCGUUUUCUUGUCUUGCAACGCUACUGGUAUUCCAGAGCCUGUUAUUUCGUGGGUUCGUGACUCAAACACUACCAUUCAACCUAAUGAGAGUGAGGAUGAAAUUAAUAUUUCGAUGUGGACCUCUGAGCACUCCAGAAUACCAACUUCUCGGAACAACACUUGCGAUCAGAAACGUUCUCCCAGAAGAUGACGGAUUCUAUCAUUGUAUUGCUCGGUCAGAUGCGGGUCAUAAAAUUGCAACACGACGACUAAUUGUCAACAGUAAUCUGGAAAAAAAUUCAGAAUACUUAUUUCUGAACUUUCAGAACUCACAGACCGGCCUGCUCCAAUUUGGGUUGAAUGCGAUGAGAAUAACAAGCCAAAGAAAACGGAAUACAUGGUCGACCGAGGUGAUUCUCCUGAUGACAAUCCGCAGCUUCUUCCUUGGAAAGAUGUUGAAGUGAGCUUGAAUUUGAAGCAAAUGAUUAUGAGAUGUUGCAGGACGCUUCUCUGAACGGAUCAAUCAUGUAUCGGUGCAUGCCAGGUCCUCGAUCAGCCAGAACUGUAAAAAAAUUCCUCAUCAACUUGUAGAAAGGCUUUAUAGGUGUUCCUCCACUCAGCGCCAGUGUUCAUAAUCAAGCCGAAAAAUUUGGUCGCAGCUCCUGGCGCCACUAUCGAGCUGAAAUGCAGCGCCACCGGUCCACCAUCUCCACUCAUCAGCUGGACUAAAGACAACGUCAAAAUGAACCUCAACAAAACUGAAGCGGCCUAUUCCAUUCUGAGAUUGAACAUCAAAAACGAGACUGAUGGUGGUACUUACACCUGCGUCGCACAAAACAGCGUUGGAAUCAGCACGGUAUUUUUGGAUAUGCAAAAUUUAAGGAAAUAAUAUUUUUCAGGCAUCUUCCAAUGUUACUGUAACCAAUAUUCCUGAGAUAGAAAAUCCUGCACCGAUUCCGAAGAAUGUUGCUGUUUUGACGUGCUUCCAACGGAACGUGGCUUAUAAUCGUGGAGUGACUUGGGAAUACCGAGGAAGGCCCUUGCAGCCGAAUCUUGCCGGCUUGCACUGGAUGAACAAUGGAAGUCUUGUGAUUCUAGACACAACUUCUCUCAAGGUUGCUUUUCAUCCGUUCAUCGGUUCAAUAAUUCAUUUUUCAGCCUGGAGAUCUGGAGCUGUACACUUGCAAAGUGAGAAACAGGAGAAGGUUUAGUGCUGCCAACAUCGUUAAUGUCAUGGACGAGGCGCCUGUGGUCAAAACUAUCGACGCAGUUGAAGUGAUGGUAGGAGAGUCGACCGUUAUGGACUGCAUGGUCACUGGAAAUCCAAUCACAACCAACGUUGUCUGGACCAAAAAUGAUCACAAACUGAUUUAUGACGACAUUGCCUACGUUUUGGUAAAAUAGGUGUUUGAGAGUGGAAAUCGAAAGGAACAUUUCAGCCGAACAAUAGCUUGGUGUUACUGAAUCUGGAUCGACUUGACGAUGGAAUUUACAAAUGCGUGGCUUCAAACUCGAUCGGCAAGGCUUACGACGAAGUCAAGCUUACUGUGAUAGGUGAUUAGAAAUCCAGAAAGUCGAAAAAUGAAAUUUUCAGAUGACGAUUGGGCGGACGAGAGCAGCGGUGAAGAGAUCGUUGAUGAAAAUAGUUCUGGAGAGGAGAUCGUCACAGCAGCUCCAAAAAGAAUGGAUGUUUCAUCAACGACAACUGCUAUCAUCACGACUGAACCGCCAACAACUACAACGUCUACCACUCCAGAGCCUACUACUACUACGACCACCACCACUACCACUACCACCACUUCUAAACCUACAACUACCAGUGCCUCUUCAACGUCCACAACUACCACGACUAGUACUCCUAAGCCCACAACUGCCAGUCCAGCUACGACGACCACAACUACCACAACCACCACGCCUGUCCCAACAACAACCACCACUGAAAUUCCCACAACUACUACCACCUCGACGACAAUGAUGGCUACAACUACAGCCUCAACACAAGGGCAGAAAAACGCGAGCCCCAAAAAACAUGGUCGCGAGUUGUUCCAUCAUUGUUUCAUUCAAAAUUUUUCAGGAGGUAACGACACCGAAGUUUCUUUCUCAAUGACCAGCAUCAAGGUUUCUUAGAUUUAAUCCAAUUUUAUACAAAAGUUCCGGAAAUUUUAGUCGGUGGAAGAUUUGACAGAAGACAUAUUGGUUGAAAAAUCAAGGGCAAAAGAUUCAAACGGGUUGAGAGAUCCUGCUUGCCUUGAAGGCUAUGAUAACUCUACAGGACUUUGUUUAGGUAUCUAAAAUAAUAAACCUUACCAAAAAUAAAUACUUCGUAAGGAGAUCCUUCAAUCGACAACAAGAUGAAAACAUUGCAAGCGGAAGAUGAUUGUCCUGAAGGAUACGCCUGGAACAGAAAAACCAAGCUCUGCGAAGGUUAGUUGAGUGUGAAAGCAAUUUGAUAGUACAGAAUCUUUUGCCAUAUUUGACUUGAAUUUGUGGAAAAAAGCUAACUUCAAAAAUACGAUCUUUUUUCGUUACGCAUCGAUUUUAUCAGCAAUAUGACAACCUUCGAAAGUAAUAAGGGAGAAGUUGAAAAACCCUAUUGAAGGGAAAAGAAAGCCCCAGAAGCUCGGAAAGCACAAAAACCAGCGAAAAAAUUUAGACAUCGACGAAUGUGCCUUCGAUCAGCCUUGUGAAUAUGAAUGCCAAAAUACGGAAGGGAGCUUCGAUUGCUUCUGUCCGCCAGGCUACGAUAUGACUGAGGAUGGAUGUUUUGGUGAGCUAAAAAGCGGAUAAAAGAAAUACUUUUGUUCGAUUUAGACAUAAACGAGUGUCAAACGGAGCAGUGCGAAGAUGGAAGGACGUGUUUCAACCAACUGGGAACUUUCCGAUGCAUCUCAGAUCCUUGUCCGGAAAACUUCACGAUGGUUGGCGGCAGGUACUGCGAGCCGGACUGUGACAUGUGCGGCGACGUGCCUAUCACGGUCCACAUGCUCUCCAUUCCCAGCGGUUUGCCAGGUAAGCAUUACACUUCCAACUACGUUUUUCUUUUGUUAAACUUGAAAAAAUUUGAUCUUUCUGGCGUUUUUUGAAGGAUGGAGAGAACGCAGAAGCUAAAAAUUUAAAACCGCGGCAAAAAGUUAUUAUUUUUUUCCAACAAAGUUUUUUAGGUUACCUUAAUUUUUUUUUCUCAAAGUAAAGUUUUUCAGUUUCACACAUUGCCACUCUGACAGCGUACGACAAAACAGGCAGAGUAAUUCCUGACACGACUUAUUUUAUCUCGGAAACCUUCGAAGGACUGGCUCAAGGUAUUUUUCUUCAGAGAUUUCAUUCUUGAUAUCCUCAAGGAGACUAUUUUUUUCGAAACUUACUUAAAAAGUGAAACUAUACUGAUGGUAACUUAGAAUUUUUUUUUGAAAUUUGGUGGGAGUUUUUUUUAUAUGUCAAAAUGUAGAUUUUUCUGAAAAUUUGAAAAAGUAAAAGCACAAGAUGACUUUUGUUACAAGCUUGAAUUGUUGAAUGUUCAGGAAAAACAAAAGCAGGACCGUUCUCAAUCAGAGACGUGAGAGGAGGAAACGCUCAAGUUUGGACCAACAGAAUGCUUCGCGCCGGAUCCGACCACCAGGUUCGCGUGAAGGCCCACUCCGACUCUGAAAAUGCUCCCAAAGAAACGCACUUCCUCGUGCUCAUUAAUGUUGGCCAGUAUCCGUUCUAA